AUGACGAAUGAUAUAACAAGGGUUUAUUUUGUGAACAACCAAGGAAAUCCAACUCCACCUCCACCGGAUACUGUUUGUACAUGUUCAUCAACUGAUGAUAUCAAAAUUUUCCGUAUUGAAAAUCAAAAACAGCAAGCAUUAACAGUCAUUGAAACAUAA